AUGACAGAAGAACUGAAGCACUCUGCAAAUCCAUGGAUGAAUGCGGCCGAGCAGUCCUCAAGAGUUGUUAAUUUCAAUGAAGGCAUGUCUUUGAUGUCCCAACCGAUGGUGAUCGUUGAUGGAAUUGAAGACCCUGACAUCUCACGCUCUCAAACUCCCGAUCUGGGUGCUCCUUUGGGUGGCAAAUUAGGGUUCUCUGAGCGUGCAUUUUCUGCAGCUGGUGCAGCAUUUCUGUCUGCCAUUUUGGUCAACCCGCUUGAUGUGGCUAAGACAAGAUUGCAGGCGCAAGCUGCUGGAACCCCUUACUCGCAUCCAUUAAGUAAUUUUACCAGUCGCAUGGCAUUUUUUGGACCUCAGAUGUUGUUUGCGGAUCUGAGGUGUUCUCCCUCGUGCACACGAGCUGGGGUUCAUGGGACAGUAUCAAUUUGCCCACCUGAUUGUUUCCACUACAAGGGGACGCUGGAUGUUUUCUAUAAAAUUGUUCGACAGGAAGGGUUGUCUGCACUCUGGAGAGGAACAAAUGCUAGCUUAGCUCUUGCGGUGCCCACCGUUGGUAUUUAUUUGCCUUGCUAUGACAUUUUCUGCCACCAAUUAGAGGAUUUUUCUGCAAGGAAUGCUCCAGGAUUAACACCUUAUGCGCCUUUAGUUGCUGGUUCACUGGCACGUUCUUUAGCUUGUAUAAGUUGCUACCCUAUAGAGCUUGCAAGAACGCGCAUGCAGGCAUUUAAGCAUGGCUGUGGCAAUAAAAGCCCCCCAGGAGUCUUGCGUACUUUAAUUGAUAUUAUUUCCCAGGUCAAGAGCACGACCAGCUCCAGUAACAGCUCCACAAGCUUCCGUAUUUUGUGGACAGGCCUUGGGGCCCAGCUUGCUCGUGAUGUUCCUUUCUCUGCAAUCUGCUGGGCGACCCUCGAACCGGUAAGGAGGAGGCUUCUAGGCCUGGUUGGAGAUGAAGCUAAUGCUGUCAGUGUCUUUUCGGCAAAUUUUUCUGCUGGUUUUGUUGCUGGGAGCCUUGCUGCUGCCACCACAUGCCCAUUUGAUGUUGUCAAAACACGGAGGCAAAUUGAGAAAGAUCCUGCCAGAGCGUUGAAGAUGACCACGAGGCACACUCUCCUAGAAGUUUGGAGGAGUGGAGGUAUUAAAGGCUUGUUUACUGGUGUUGGGCCCCGUGUUGGUCGAGCAGGCCCUUCUGUUGGGAUAGUCGUUUCCUUUUAUGAAGUCGUGAAGUAUGCCCUGAAUCAUCACUAUGCCAUCACUUGA